CUGCUUGUUUUUUUGUUAUGUUUUUUUUAAAUAAAGUUUUUUCAAUUUAAACAAGAUGGUGGCACCCGGUAGCUAGUUCGUGUGUUUGGAUGCAUGGUAAAGAUAUUUUCACGUUGAGGAAAUUCUAAUAAGAAUACACUCUUUUUCCUUGGUAACGAACAGUGAAGAAAUGUCUACGCCAGGCAAGUCAGGCGGCAAAAAGGACAAAAUAAAAGCUAUUCCACCCAAAACCUCCUUCUCCUGCCCUUUCACACAGCAUUGGAGACCACUUCCUCAACAAGACAUACAUUUCAUCCUGGCUACCUUAAAAGAAAAACUAACUUCAAUGGGUUUAGAAAAGAAAGAGCCAAAAGUGUUUCGCCCGUGGAAGAAAAAAGGCAGAGGUAAAACUCCCUCAUCUAGGUCAGAUCCUGUCCCAGAGGCGAGCCAAGACCUAGAUACGAAUGAUUCUCCUAAGGGUGGCUGGACAGAUGUAGUGGUGAGAAGACAACUAGCUGUGGGCAUCAAUGAGGUUACCAAAGCUCUGGAGAGGAACCAACUCAAACUGGUUUUAGUGUGCAAGUCUGUCAAGCCAAAGCACAUGACUCAUCACCUGAUAGCGCUGAGCGCCACAAGAGGAAUCCCUGCCUGCCAGGUGCCCCGGCUAAGCGAGAGUGUGGCGCAACAGCUGGGCCUGAAGAGUGUCCUAGCAUUGGGGUUCAGGAGUGAAGGUUUUACUGACACCGUGGAGGCCAUCAUACCCAAGGUUCCCUCAAUCGAUGUUGCCUGGCUACAAGGUGAGACUGCGAGUGUGGCAUCACAACCGGAGAGAAGCAAGAGAGCGAGCCAGAAAAGAAAGCUGGACCCUGAGUGUGAAGAGUCUGCCUCAUCCUUCACACUGCACCCACUUACAGUGAAAAGAAUAGUUCCCAACCCUGCAAAGAAGAGAAAGCUGAAAGCAAAGCAAGGAGAGCAGCAGGUGUGUUAGAAGGUGGAAAAAUGCCAGCACUGUGUCAGGAGAGCAGCAGGUGUGUUGGAAGGUGGAACAAUGCCAGUGUGAAAGGAGUAUUUCUCCAAAAGGUUGAAGAUUGCAGAGUCAACAUUGUCCUCCCCAUCCAGUUUUGGUGCCAUUCAUACUUAACAGUAACAGGAAUAGAGACCGCACAAACAUAGUAUUGUGGAAAAAUACAUAUUUGGAUUCUGCAUUCAAAGGCAGAAAAAUAGCAAGUUUCAAUGCAGGGGUCAUGAGCUACCACCAAAGGGUCAAAUACAAUUUGCUUCAAUUUUUGUAUUUAUAACUGUUAAAUUCAGAGGUUAAACAGAUAAUCUCCAAUGUUAUUUUUUCAUUUGAAACCCCAACAAAGAAGUUAGGGUAUGACUUUAAAGUAUGAGUGGCGAUGAUGUAUUUUGCGAUUUUCAAGCAACACCAAAACUUUUCUGUGACGGGUAACACAUGUAAAAAAAAAAAAUGCUCCUUGAUGAUUUUGUAAAGUGAAUUUAUUCAAAUGUCCAUGCUGGUAUAGGCGGUGUGUGCGUUGAAACAGAUUAUUUGCAUGGGCUCAUGUUGUGUAAAUGAUGCUGGUACAAGUCCUUCCAUCUUUCUCACAUCUUACAAUGGAUUUGAAUAAAAAUAUUGACCUUCA